UGUUUGCGCGUGUGUAUGACUGCGCUAGCCGUGUGCGUUUCGUUCAGUGUUGUUUUACUAUCAAUCCCAAUCGGCUCUUCGUACAAGCGGCAUUCGGUAGUUGUAGCAGCAGUCCGUUCUCCGUUUUGUGUUUAACCACUAGUCGACUAUACGCGUCCCGUCGUCUUUUCGGCGAACGUCCAUCGUAUUAGCAUUUAUUUUGCUCUCCGGUCACCGUUGUUCGAUUUUCUUUCGUCCGUCACCGCCGCCGUUUGCUAUUAGCCCGGCUCGCAAUAUCACCCGUAUCGCACGUGUUGUACGCGACCAAAUUGUUUGCCGCCGUCGUCGUCGUGUCCUUCCCCCCUCCUCACACUGUGUGCCAGUGUAGUAGUAGGAAGUAACCGUAGCAGCAGCGUUGACACAGCUAUAGCGGACGCGAUUACCGCCGAAACGGUCGACCGCGGACAAGAAACAGUCUCGCCGACAAGUUGCAUUUGUACGCGCGCGCAUCAAGACUUCACCACAGACGCCGUCGUUAUUAUAUCAACCGCGUACCAUACACAAUGGAUCAAGAAGGUAAUAAUGGUAGAAGAAGGAGCUCAAGGUUGGCAGCAAGGGGAAUAGUGACUACACCAAAAGCAGAAAUUAUUGUAAAAAAGACAGUUAAGAGUUCUGAAAAACCGAAACGAUCAAAACGUAAGACAACUGAAGAAACUAUUGAAUUGCCAGAAGCUAAAAAAACUAAAACUGAAGAUAAAACAUCUUCUGAUGAGAUUGGUAACCCAGAAGAAAAUGAAACUAAUAAUGUUGAUGAAAAUGAUGUCUCUGGUAUUUCACCAAUGGAUGUUGACAAUGUUGAAGAAACUAAUGUGUCACCACCAUCUGAUGUAGAGAAAAAAGAUUUAAAAACUGUUGAAGAAAAGACUGAUGUGCUGCUUGAAGAUUCCAAAGAUCAAGAAGCAGUUGAAAAACUUCCAGUCACUAAAGAUGAUAAAGAUAAGGAUAAUAAAUCAGUUGAUGAAACUGAAGAUGAAAAAUCUGAAACUACAGAAGAGCUUAUUAAAGUUAAAGAUUCUGAAAUAACCGAACAGCCAAAUAAUGAUACAUCUCAAGAUGAGGCUAAACCAGGAUCAGUAGCUUUGGAAAAUACCAAUGGCAAAAGCGAAGAAAAAGAAAAAAUUGAGUCAGUAGAAGACAUUGUAAACGAUAUUGGAUUUUGUGUAGCAACUAAAGAUGUUGUCACACCAAAUGGUGAUACUGAUGAACAAGUGAAGUCCAAUGGUGAUGAAUCUACCACGGAAAUAGAGGCCAAAGAACCUAUUAAAGCACUCCAUGAUGACACUAACCAUGUUGAAGAAAAAGAUUUAAAAGCUGUAACUGCUACCACUGCCAUCACCACCAAUAAUGAUGCACCAAUUGUUGAUCAAGUUGAAAAGGAGCUGGACAAUGUUGUUGAUAAUAAUAUUAGUGCAUCAGCUGAUGACAAUGCACCAAAAGUGGACCAAUUAUCAACAGUUGUGUCCUAAUUUUUGCCAUUAUUCGUUUUAUAAUGAAGAACAUUUAGACUUAUAUUGACUUUCUACUGAUAAUAUAUUAUAACCGUGCUCAGUAGUUAACAUAUUCUUACUUUAUUUCUUUCUUUUACAUUAUAUACAAUUUUUAUAAAUAAAAAUUGUAGUAAAUAUUUGGAAAUAUAAUAUGUUAAUUGUACUUUGCCAAGGCCAUCACGAAAACUCAUCAUUUUUUUAUGUAGAAUUUAUACAAAAUUUAUGUUGAAAAAUUACUUAUAAUUUAUAGUAUUAAAAAAGAUUUUAAUUGUAUUUAUAUAACUCAAAAAAAAAAAAAAAAGGAAUAAUAUAAUUUUGGUACUUAUAUUUUAAGCAUAUUUUUGGUUUGUAUGUAUAAUAUUGUCAUUGUUUAUUUUUUUAUGUAAUGAAAAACUUCAUUUAGUGUCCAUUUAAUGACAUUUUGAAUUGUAAAAUGAAUACUUAUUUCAGUUUUCAUAAUUUACUAAUUACACUGGUAAUUUUAUUGACAAGUAUUGAUAAAUUGCUAAAAAGUUAAUCAUUAAUAUUAAAAAUAAACAACUCAAAAUGUACUGCUAAUUAAUUUCUUUUAAUUAUUUAAGCAAUCAUUUUAUAAUUUAUCAUACAAGACGUGUAAAUAAUUAAAAUUGUAUAAGUAAGCAACAUUUUCAAUUUUAUUUAGGAAUUAUUAGUGAAGUAUCUUAUAUUAGAAGUGUUUUUCUUUUUAAAUUAUUAAAUAAAUUAUCAUAAUAUUCAGUGUUUUUUUUUCUGUACAAAAAGUUUAAAAUUUAUUUAAUAUGGAUGUGUUUGUACUUUUUGUUUGAAAUAUUAUUUAUAAAACAUUUUUGUUGUGAUCUUGAAAAAAUGAGUAUUUAUGUCUUAUUUUAAAAUCUAUAUAUUUUUACCUCUCUAUAUUAUUGUUUUACCAAUUUAAUACUGAUGUGGGACCUAAGGAAGGUACCUUAGAUAUUGUAUUCCUAAAUAUUAAAAAUAUAUUUGAUGUAAAGUAGUAGACUUUCAUGAAUUUGUUUUUAAAAUGUAUUAAGUUCAGGCAAUUUUUUGCAAGUUAAUUUUAAAUGAACUUUUCACUAUGCUCAUAGUACAUGUACUGAAAUUCUAUGGAUUUCUAAUCUGUAAUUUGUAUAGUGGUGAUUCUAUGCAAAAAUGUUUAUAUUCCUUUAUGAAAAAUCAACAAAUUUUAUCAUUUUUGAAAAUUUAUUUAGAAUUUAAUUAGUUUUUAUUUAAAAUGCAUUUAUUUUCAGCUAUAUUUGAUUUAAAUUUUAACUACAUGUAUAUUCAAAAACCAUUUAUAAUCAAUAGUUAUUGAUCAACUACUAUUAAUUCUCUACUACCAGUAGUAAAUAAUGUAAUUCAAAUUAUAAAUGUAAUACUUAUAAAAUUUAUAUUUUACAUACCCCCUGUGCGUGCUCCCCCUACAUAUGUGAGGGCUACGGAACUCAUAGUUAUUGUUAAAUAUAAUUAAUUGCAUUGAUUUUACUUGACAAUACUAUGUGUAUAAUUAAUGUUAAAAUGUAUUUUAUUUAUAUUUAUGAAUUGCAUUAUUUAAAUUAAAUUUAUAAACUAUAACUUGAAGAGUAAAAACCUUAAAAUGUAACUUUAUGUAUACAGUUAUACCUAUACUAUUGUAUAAUUUAAUACAUUGUACAUUACUGUAUCCAGUACCUGCCUACUAAUAAUAGGACUGAUAUAAUAUUAUCAAGGCAGAUAAACAAUAUUGUUUCUCAAUCUUGAUGUGAAUUAUUUUUAUGUUCAUUAUCAAUGAAUAUUAGUUCAUAUUUUGUUAAUUCGUUAAUAAAAUUAUCUAUCAUUUUUAUUUUUA